AGAAAAAACAAUGUUUAAACCUGAGAAAAAAAAUAUUAUUAUUAAAGAACAAGAAAGUGAUGGAGCAGUUAAAAGACACAAAAUUUGGUAUCCACGCUGUUUAAACUUUUAUAAUUAUUUGCCAGAUGAAGAAAUUACACUCGAGGAAUUUAAUUUGUUUGCAUUAGAUAGAUUGCAAGUGUUGAAGGCAAUUGAGGGAGCAAAUUUACGUGAUAAAACUGAUGAACAAACUAUAAAACUUGUUGAAGAAGUUUCUAAACUACAUCUUCCCUUGCAUUCAAAUGAUUCAUCAAAAAGCUAUCCAGUUCAAGAUGAAAGGAGAAAAGAUCACUUAUCACAUUUUAUUUUAAGAUUGGCACAUUAUUUAAGACAUUGGUUCUUAAAAUAUGAAACUGAAUUAUUUAGAAUUAAAUAUCUUAAUGAAAAAAAAAUAGAAAAAUUAGCCUUUUUAAAGGAACAUAACUUUGGAUUAAAAUAUUUAAGUCAAAGUGAAAAAGAAGAACUUAAAAAUGAAUUGAUGAAUACAUAUCCUACUGUUGAUUUUAAUAAAGAGGAAUUUUUUCAAACAGAUUUUAGAAAAGUAUUGGAUCUUGUUACAAGACGUACUGUUUAUUUAAAAUAUGGUAUGGCUUAUGCUCCAUCAUGUGAGCAAAGUGGGCUUGUGGUUUCCGAGUUUCGCAAACAUCUUGAAGAUGAGAGGAUUUUGCCUUUAUUAAAUGAAUUAAAUGAACAAUAUAUUGGCAAUUCAUAUACUGGUAUGAAUGUUGUCACUGGAAAAAUAACAGCUAAUGAUGUGAAUCAGGGAAUUGGAUUACCUGUUGAAGAAUCACUUAAUUUUUGGAAAAAAUCAUUUUCAAAAUUCACAGCUGAUAAAUUUCAAAAAGAAUAUUCAUAUAAUAUUAGACAUGAUUAUGGCUUAGAAGGAAGUCGUCGUGACUAUGCACCAUAUAGUUGUAUGUCUAUAGUUAGGAACAAUGUGCCUGGACCUAAUGAACAUCAUGGUUGUCCCUUUCGACAUUUCUAUGAAUCUAAUUUGAAAGCAACAUUGAUAGAAAAUGGAAUAAGAGAUGAAAACAACCUGAAAAAAAUCAUGGAAUUAGCAAAAGAUAAGCAUUAUAAUAUAGCCUGUACCAAAUAUUUUGAAGUUAUUAAAGGAACAGGAGGAACCACUGAUGAUGGAGUUGAAGAGGCAACAAAGGAACCAAUUGUUCAUCCAAAUCAAUAUUACGAAAAAAGUGUAAAUCUCUCUAAAAAUAAUUCAGAUCAAUAA